AUGCAUUUGCCCUCUCUGUCCGUGGCUCUGGCCCUGGUGAGCUCGUCUCUGGCGUUGCCUCAGACGAUUCUGCCCGAGGACAAUGUCUCAUCACGCGCGGCGGCCGUCAAAGAGGCCUUUUCCCAUGCCUGGGAUGGGUAUAUGAAAUACGCUUUUCCUCAUGAUGAGCUGCUCCCUAUUUCCAAUAGCUAUGGCGAUUCAAGAAAUGGUUGGGGCGCAUCUGCGGUCGAUGCUCUGUCCACCGCAAUUGUGAUGCGCAACGCGACGAUCGUCAAUCAGAUUCUGGAUCAUAUUGCCAAAAUCGACUACUCCAAGACUUCCGACACGGUCAGCCUGUUUGAGACCACCAUUCGGUACCUGGGCGGCAUGCUGUCUGGAUACGACCUGCUCAAAGGGCCCGCCGCCGACCUCGUCAAUGACAGCACCAAGGUGGACAUGCUCCUUCAGCAAUCCAAAAACCUUGGAGACGUGCUCAAGUUCGCCUUUGACACGCCGUCGGGUGUUCCGUAUAAUAAUAUCAACAUCACUUCGCAUGGCAAUGACGGCGCCACGACCAACGGGCUGGCGGUUACGGGGACAUUGGUCCUGGAAUGGACUCGUCUGUCCGAUCUGACGGGAGACCAGGAGUAUGCGAAACUCAGCCAAAGGGCCGAGUCCUAUCUACUCGCGCCCCAGCCUAGCUCCGGCGAGCCGUUCCCUGGCCUCGUCGGCAGCGAUAUCAGCAUCCAAACAGGUCAGUUCACCAACGGCUUCGUUAGCUGGAACGGCGGUUCCGAUUCCUUCUACGAGUAUCUCAUGAAGAUGUACGUGUAUGAUCCCAAGCGGUUUGCAACGUACAAGGACCGCUGGGUGGCCGCCGCGGAGUCGAGCAUCGACCAUUUGGCGUCCAAUCCCGCAUCCCGGCCGGAUCUCACGUUCCUGGCCACGUACAACAAAGGCUCGCUCGGCCUGAGCUCGCAGCACCUGGCCUGCUUUGAUGGAGGAAGCUACCUGCUUGGCGGCACCGUGCUGGACCGGACCGACUUGAUCGAUUUCGGACUGAAGCUGGUCGACGGAUGCGCCGACACGUACCAGCAGACGCUGACGGGGAUCGGACCGGAGAGUUUCGGUUGGGAUGAGAAGUCGGUGCCUGCCGACCAGAAGGAGUUCUACGAGCGCGCCGGCUUUUACGUCCAAAGUGGCGCAUAUAUUCUGCGACCCGAAGUGAUUGAGAGCUUUUACUAUGCGUACCGCGUCACCGGCAAGAAGCAGUACCGUGACUGGGUGUGGAAUGCCUUUGAAAAUAUCAACAAGUACUGCCGCACGGAGUCUGGGUUCGCUGGGUUGACCGACGUCAACGCUGUAAAUGGCGGAAAUCGAUAUGACAACCAGGAGAGUUUCCUGUUUGCCGAGGUGAUGAAGUACGCGUACUUGACGCAUGCACCAGAGGAUGAAUGGCAGGUUCAACGGGGGAGUGGCAACAAGUUUGUGUUCAACACUGAGGCUCACCCGGUCCGAGUCCAUCAUACGUGA